ACAGGUACGCUCACACUCCAAUCAGCCCCAGCACACAGUCUCGUGGUAUAGAGAAACGGAGCUUGGGAAGCUAGCUAGCUCGACCAUGGGUGGUGUUCGGCAGCAGCUCAUGGCCGCCGUCCUCGUGGCGGUGGCGCUGAUGGCCACGGCGGCGGAGGGGUACAUCACUCAGAAGACGUGGGGCGCCAUCCGCCGGGCGAACCGCGCCGGGCCGUUCGUCGGCCUCGUCGUGCCCAACACAUACGAGAUGGUCCCUGUGCUCGAGUCGCCCAGCUUCGUGGCCAGCAAGAGCGUCCCUAACAUGGACAUCCAAGGGCGAAGGUUUCGCUUCGGAACCAUCGAAGGCCAAAGCGUCGUCAUGGUCAUGACUGGACUGAGCAUGCUCAACGCUGGUCUGACCACCCAGAUGCUGUUGAGCCUGUUCCGGGUGAAGGGCAUUGUCCACUGGGGCAUCGCUGGCAACGCCAACGAGGACCUCCAGAUCGGCGACGUCACCAUCCCCGAAUACUGGGCCCACGUCUCCCUCUGGAACUGGCAGCGGUUCGGCGACGGCAAGGAUAACGAGCUACCGCUGGAGGCCGCCGGCGACUACACCCGGGAGUACGGCUUCCUCAACUUCUCCGACUACACCGUGGGGCAGAGCAACCCGGAGCUAUCCGCGAACCAUCUCAACAGCAUCUGGUACCAGCCGGAAGAGAUCUUCCCGGCGUCCGGCGAGCCGGAGGAGCGGCAGCACGCGUUCUGGGUGCCCGCCAGCAAGCGGUACUACGCGCUGGCGAAGAAGCUGGAGGGCAUGGAGCUGCCGGCGUGCGUGAACGCGACGACGUGCCUGCCCCGCGCGCCGCGGGUGACCCGGGUCAGCAAGGGCUGCAGCGCCAACGUGUUCCUGGACAACGCCGAGUACCGCCAGUUCCUCCGCAAGCAGUUCGGGUGCACGCCUGUGGAGAUGGAGAGCGCCGCCGUGGCCCUCGUAGCGCACACGCAGGGGGUGCCGUUCCUCACCAUCCGCUCGCUCUCCGACCUGGCCGGGGGAGGCUCCGCGCUUGGGAACGAGGCCAGCACCUUCAUCGACAUCGCCGCCAAGAACGCCGUCGAAGUCAUGCUCAAGUUCGUGCCGCUGCUCGGGAAGGGCGGCGACGAGAUGGACGACGGCGCGGCCGCGGACAUGUGAGCCAGUAGCCACUUGCCCAUGCAUGAAUAAUCGGACGCCCGUGCGUGGCGUACCGUUGUUUCGCUUUCCUUUUUCUUUUUCCUUGCACCGCGCGAUCUGUAAGGCUUGCGACUUUGCGAGCCCUAGAUCAAAAAAUCACAGUUGGCGAGCCCACGAGUUGCAGAGAUGAAUAAUAAUAAAUCAAAUAAUCGGCCGUAAUGCCGUUUGUCCGGA